UUGAGGUUAUGUACAUUUUUCUAUUAACUGAAAUAUAAUAAUAAAUUUUUCUAUCAAAAUAAUAUUACUGUAAAUAGAAUAAUGGUUCUGUAUUUACCAAUUUAAAUUACUUAUAAAACUAAGUUAUAUAUGAAGUGUUUGAAAAAUCAGUACAAUAUUAUUCACAUUCUUUUCUGAAAUCAUCAAAAGAACACAAUGGUUUUGUACUCAAGGCGGCAGUAGUCUUUGUGAUACAACUCAUGAUGUCUUCCAAUUCACCUAUAGCAUCAGCUUCCGAACUUAAGAGUAAAGGAGGACCAGGAUGUGCUCCCAAGGUUGACUCCAGCAAACGGCGUGGCAAGGCUAUUAAAAACCUGGAACAGAGCAUUAAACAACUCGAACGUGACUCGAAACCCCUUCGCGAUGAGAAGGACUUGACUUUUGCUCAAGCUUAUCUUGUUAAAGCUAGUGAGCAGCUUGAACCGCAUGUUUAUACGAGGUUCGUGAAAACGUUGAGUGAGUUUGAGGCAUCCAGAGGUGAUUCAAUGGCUGAGUUGUACAGGAACGUGAAUGACAUUCUGAAAAACACGCCGGAUCUUGAGCAAGAGUUCCUCGCCUUUCUGCUGCCCGAACAGGCAAUGGAAGUCGGUCGGUUCAUCGAUCACUUGUGUGUUGUCAGCAUGAGGGACUUCUUCCGCAAGCUGGAAGUAUGUUUUGCAAAGCAGCCGCAUCAGAUGCGUAAGAUCUAUGAAACGUUGAGCCGCCUCUCCGAGCAGACGGAUGUGACCCUCGAGCAGGUGAAGACGGCCGUGGUACCGCUGCUCAAAGGAAACGCAAUUCUCAUCGACUGUUUUCUGCAGUUAUUCCCAUCGGAAAGACCUCCAUCAUCCAUUUGUGGACGAGAGGAGUCGGAACGGCUGGUGCAGUUUGAGAACGGGAGUGACCCGAUGAUGGAGGAGGUGAGUGACCUGGAGGUGAUGGAGGUGCCCGAAGUGGACGACCCCUAUGGAGGCCGUCGCUGCCCCUGCAAGUGCCACCGCGAUGGAUCCGCUCUGCACUGCACCAGUUGCGGCCUCAAGUUUAUAAAAGGAAGAGCUUUCAUACAAAGAGGGAAAGCGUUGAGGCAAGCUGAAUUGGUUGUUGAAGGCGUUGAUAGGAACGAGUUUUUGCAGAGAAUUGCUGUGAAAAGCUCGAUAUGUCGCAGUCCACUUAAGGUCAGGCCAAAGAAACGGCCAGCUGAGGGAUCGCCAUCAAAGAAUUAUCUUACAGGUGCAGAAGACGAUUAUGGAGAAAUUAUGACGGUUACAAAAAUGGCUAGACUAAAACAAAUGAAAACACCCAGGAGCAAACUUUCAACCGACAGUGGUGAUAAAACUGCCGAGGAAGAUGAUGACGAGGAAGCCAUCAACAUGUGUAACAGUUGUUUCAAGGAUGACGAGGAGAAUAUUGAUGAACCUCUGUCGCCGUCACAUGCCUUUAGCGAAAGCGAUAGUCCCAAACGUGAAAGUGAUUUUGCCGGUGUUGAUGCUGCCCUAGACGAUACUCCUCAAGACUCUGGUCCCACAAAUUUCUGCCACACUGAAAUUGACAGUAAGGUUGAUGUUCUAAGUGACUUGGACGUGCUAGUGAAAAAAGAUGACUCUCAAUUAUUGUCAAAUGCUGAAGCAAAUCUGGAUGCUGGAUUGUCAGCCGCCGAUGCCAGAGUGCAAGCCCAAUCAGAAAGCUCGUGGACUCGUGAGGAGGACAAAGUCAUUUUGCAGACUUUUCAGCAAGAUGGCGACUCAGACAAAAUAUUCACCAAGAUCAACGCUGUGCUUCCUUUGCGUUCUUUAUCAGAGAUACGAUCUCGCUUCCAAGUGUUGAUGCAGCUACUAAAUCAGAUGGCUCAGAGCGAUGAUCAUCCAACUUGAAGACUGGACGAAGUAUGACAUGGAGCUUUUGAUCAGAAACGAAAAAUUGAGACUGCUUCUUUCUCCUUUCCGACUAUUUUAUCCCUCAUUUAAUAGACGCCGGUGGGCUGUUUUAUGUACAUAGUCAUUUCGACAAGCAUAAUGUCUAUUUAAUGAUGAAUUUUAUUUCCUACAGGAAAGGGAAAAUUGAUAAUUAACAAGGGUUAUAGUAUAGUCAAGGAAAGUGGGGAAAUUAGGUAGUGAGCUCGAGGAUAUGUAUUCUGAAAAACUGUCAGAGACUAAAAUAAUGAUAUGCCAAGUGACUUUAUGCUUGGACAAUUUACGUAUUCAAAGAACGACACAAGUGGCCUCUAUUUGUUGCAACUGUAAUGUUUUGGAACUCAUAACUCUUGGAUAGGUUCCUGCAAAGAUCCUAUUCUCCUCUUAAAAAUUAUUUAUACGGUACUUGAAAAAAUUAUCAACUGUCAAGUGAGCCUACUUACAUAUUUAUAUUGUGGAUCGGAUAUGAGCUUAUCAAGUAUAUAUUCUAUAGCAUCUAUAUGAUCGUUUCACACAUAACGAUUGUCGGUAGACAAUUCCGGUGAGCCAAACUCAGAAUUAACCUCUGAUAGGCUAAUUCUCAGCCAAUCAGAGGACAAUAAUUGCCUAUCAGAGGUUAAUUCUGAGUUUGACUCACAAUUGGUGCUAUUUCAAACUGCUUUUUAAAUGUGUAAUAGCAUAGAGAAACAAUAGCGUAAGUAGAUAUCCCAUGGUAUAGGGCAUUUAUGUCGUAAUUUUUACUGUUAUCUCAAGCCGAUUACUGUCGAUUUUUACUGUUAUCUCAAGCCGAUUACUGUCGAUUUUUACUGUUUUGACCGGGUAAGAGUGUAUGAACGGCACAAUAUGAGAGAUUACCAGCGUCGUAAAGCUUCACAGGAAAGAACUACGUGGACUAUCAGCCUGAGAUAACAGUAAAGGUUGCGACAUAAACGCCCUAUACAAUGGGAUAUCUACUUAUGCUAUUGUUUCUCUAUUGUAAUAGUCACUCUCCUUCUUUAUUAUUCAAGUUUUUCUUCAGAAAGUUUUAACCUAUUAUGACUUUAAUACUGGAUAAAAACAACCUAUUAUAAUGAAUGAUUAUGACUUUAUUGGGUAAGCAUUCUAUUGUAGAAUAGGUAGUGUACGGUACUUUCAAAAUUGAAAUGGUAGGCUAUAUUAAAAUAUUCAUCGAAAAUA